AUGAAUUCUUGCAUAACAUCUGAUUAUGAGAUGGAGUUCCCUUCUGCCCAAGACAUCGUCAAAAACGCAUUCGAAAGGGCGCUCAGCUACGUUGAUCUCACCGGUUUCGACUCAUCAGAGGAGAGGGAGGAGAAAGUGAAGCCCUAUAGGGGAACGAAAGACAAUGUCAAGGCAGAAUCGGAUGUGGAUGUCAACAUUGACGAGGAUUACGACACCGAAGACCCUGAAUAUCGCCCCCCGACGCCGGAGUCUCCCAAGCUGAGCAGGAAAAGGAAGAUCAUCCCGAAGAAGGAAAUGAAGGAAUCAUCUUCCGACGAUGACUUCAAGCCUUCACUCUCCAAAAUUGCGAAGGCGAAACCAGCUGCCGGCGCCAAGAAGCGCGGAGGGCGCACAGCUGAGAACAUUUUCGGUGCGGACGAUAUUGAAGGAAUGCUCGAUUUUGCAUUUGAGAAGGUCGACUUUAAUGCCAUGGCUAAGGCAUUGGAAAAUAAGAGGUCGGCCAACAGCUAUAAGAGUCAUUGGAAAGGGCCGAUGAUGAAGACGCUGCUCCAAGCGUACAAGAAAUGA